CCCGCGGGGAGACCCCAGGCCAGCUGGCAGAGGUGGCCCGGGGCCUGAUGCUGUGGCACGGGGCCGAUGGAGACAGAGCGAGGCCUAACCCAGCAGCACAGGGCCCUGCCGGGGCGUGGGGCUGGGAGAGGCAGCGCAGGGCCCAAUCCUGGCUCACAGGUCCGAUCCGGCCCAUGCCAUUCAUCCAGCCCCGUCCGCGCCUUCCCUCUCCGCUCUGCGUGUUAGUGGGGGGCAAAGCCCGGUGCCAAGAACGGACACAAAGACGAGACCAGCUUUAAGAAGCACAAUUUUGAGGCAUCCCUGGCGCCCAGGCCCAGCUCCGCCAUGCGGGCAGACAGCACCGGAGGGCGCGCGGGCGAAUGGCACCAGGAGCGGGUUCAGGUGACGCUUGGCUCCAGGCCAGGAGCGCGGCUCGGAGGUGACUCAGGCGCGGGGAGGCGGCGCCUCCCAUGUGCUCAGCCCCGUGGCUGCCACUCGCGCAGCCAGAAUUUCGACCUCAUCCCCAGCUAAUUACUGCCUUGGCGGAGGAUUCCUCUCCGAAGGGCCUGGGUGUGUGUCACAGCUUCCCAGAGGAAAGGCAAAGAAGGCGGGACAGGAAUUGGGGGACCAAAACUGGCACGAGACUGUGUAUAAAUUCAGAUGGGCACGGGGAGCAUGAGGACCCAAAUGUGUGAGCAGCGCGCAGAGGCCAAGGGGACGCUAAGACCACCACAUGCAGCCCGCACCAGCCCCAGCCCAGACAGCGCUGUCUAAGGUAGGUGCCCACGCGGCUACGCCGGGCUCGGUGCAACGGCAGGACCGUCUCCAGGGGCUUUGAUGGGUUACUCGCGGCUGCUGCGUUACUUCCCUGUGGGGAAGGAGGGGAUGAUGAGGCCCAGUCCACCGCGGUUUGUGAAGUGGUUUAAGGACCAAGGAGGGGAGCGUGAGACACGGACCCCGGUGCCAGCGAGGGGUUUUGUCGUCCGCGGGGGAUUCCCAUCCUCUGCCCUGACAAUGGCCAGCUCAGCUGUCCGGGACCACGGUCCUGGGAGCGGCGGUUCCGGGUAACGCUCCAGCCAAAGGCUCGGGCCGACGGCCUUCUUUGGCCCCGUUCAGCCCUCCGAAAAAUGUGUUUCAAGCUCCUCCCGGCUUGCACUGGCACAACAGGAAGCCGCCGGGGAGGUUUCAGGAUGCCGUGCCAAAUCACGCGCAGCGCGUGGGUGGAGGUGAUGAUCCUGGCUGCUUCCCACCGGGCAGGUUUGUCGAGAUCUAGGCGGCAGGAACCGGCCCCACUGGGUAUUUAAGCGUCUCACAAGCGCGGGGCCCGGCAGGCCGUGUCCACACGCCCCACGCUCCGGCCCUCCAGCACCUCCAGCCCUGCCCGACGUGCGGGGCUCGCUGGGUUCAGCGGAGACAGGCAGGAGAAGACGUGAAUGCCAAGCUUCAACGGCGGAGCGUCGGCAAGCCUCUGCAGCACCUUUGUCUGUCUCCGACUGGCUGCUUGGCUGCUGCCCAACCGCGGGGCCUUCUGCCAGCUCCCAACUUCCUCGGGCACCGGAGCUAGGGAUCAUCAACGUGUCGCUUCUGUGCCUCCAUCUUCCCUCUCGACCACACACUUCUGACGACUCCAGCAGCCCGUUAGCGCACAAACCCAGGACCACCCCUCGCGGAGGAGCGGUGGCUCCCGCGUCCCUCUGCCGUGAGUCUCUCCCGCUCGCUUUCCUACCCCCCAUUUCUGCAGCUCUUGUCACAAGUCGUUCAGGCGGUUUUACUUUUCUCUCGGGGACAGUUGUAGGGUCAGGGCUCCUCCACCAGCCCAGCCAGGCGCCAUCAGCCCCUCCUCGGGCCCGGCGCUGCAGCAUGGCAUCCAGCCGGACCAAAGUCCAGCCCUGAGACAGAGGUGAGAGACGAAAGCUCGGCUGGGUUCCUAAGAGGAAUAAAACAUAAAUGGGAUUAAUCAAACAUGGGUUUUGAUUAAAAAUCCCGGAAUACACGUGGACGCCGGCCCUCCCCAGGCAGUGGCGGAAGGAGAGAUGGGAAACAACGAGACACGCGGAAGCGGCGAGUCGAGACGGAACGGAAAGGCACGGGGCUGCAUUCUUGUUCCCUGACUCCAGGAGACUUUCCCUCUAUUGUGUCUAAAUCUCCUGGUUUUGGUGGUGCCCGGGGACAGCCGGUGCAACACGCCCAGCCUGCCCGGCCCUUGCUCUCCGCGCUGCUGGCUCCAGCCCUCGGCUUCCGGACGCAGCCUGCGCUGGAAUGAAACCAGGCCUGGUCUGGGAAACACGCCCACGAAGGUCGUGCAGCCCCAUCAGCCACGCGAGGGGGCCCCGCGCUGUCCAGCCUCACGCCUGGCAUUGCCGAAUCGAGCGGCCUGGAAAGACCUGCCCGAAGGUCGGACUCGCGGGGCGGGUUGCCUCCCCUCGUGGUUUCACUGUACUGUAAAGGGACCGACCUUCCUGAGCCCUCCAGGACACCCUGAAUUUCAGACCGGUGUCCCCAAGGCCUCCGGGACGCAGCACGUUUUUGCUCUGAAUUUCCAAGCCUGGUUCCAGAUCCGCAGGAACGCGGCCAGAAGACACCGCUGCCUCCACUUCCAGAGGCCUGCGGAGAGCCGGGCCGGGGCCUGGACCCUUUACGCUUGCGUCCGAGCAUCGUCUCCCCUGUGACAUCUGUGGGUCUGGCCCGGGGGGACGGGGAGCAGCAGUCACGUUGCUGCUUUUGCUACUCAGGCCGCAGCUUAUCUGGGCAACCCGGCCAGCGCCCCCGCGGCCCCAGCCAUCAUGCACUCCAGCAGCGAAGAAGCCGCCUACCUCAACCACCCAGAGGAGCCGCUCAGACCGGGAUCUCUGUACUCCAGGGGGGAGACCUAUGCCAUUGACCUGGAAGAUGGCAAAGCAGACGCCCUGACCGAGGACGACGUGUACUGCCGGUGCCUGUCCAAGACGCUGUGCUACACCUCCACGCCCGUCACCGUCGGCUUCUACGCACCCUGCGGCCAGCGCCUGCACUCCAUGCUGGACAAGAUCACAGCCUGCAUGAACGAGGAGAGCGCUCGGCGAGAGCAGGAGGAGCUGAGGAAAUCCAACCAGAAGCCACGGUCGGCUCACGGCUGGGACCUGAUCGUGCUGCUGUGGUACCUGAUCUUCUACCGGCCCGUGAUCACCGAGUACAACCUGCGGCGCAAGAACCUGCGCUCCAUCUUCAUACGCUUCAGCGCCUGGCAGUACGCCGGCAGCGACAAGCUGUGGGCAGGGCUGAUCACCACCCUCUGUGGCAGCAUCCGCAGCCACUUUGGCGCCCUGCCCUUGAGCUUCUACCAGGUGGUGGGGAGCAGGCCCCAGUUUGCCUCGGGCUUCAGCCAGAAGGAGUGGCACCUGAAGGGCCAGACGUGCAUGAAGCUGUGGGGCUUGCUCUUCUUCCUGGUGUCGGGGAUCAGCCUGUUCUCUGUGGCCGCCUUUGUCCCAGGGGUACGGGAAAGCAAGGUGCUGAAGGUGGCUGGCGGCUCCUUCGCCACGCUCUCCGGGUCCGGAGCCGUGCUGACCGCCUUCAACGUCAUUAAAAACAUAGUGGUCACCCAGAAGCACAGGAUUGAGAAGCUGACGGACAGCAACAAGUUCAGCAGCCACCUGGGCUUCAUGAGCAAGGUGAAGAGGGAAAUCGAGUCGCUCACCGGCUUCAUGAACUUCAUGGAGAUCUACGAGAGGCGGAGGCUGCGGAUCGUGAUGGAGAUCACCUGCUUGGACACGUGCUGCCCGGAGAGGAUCACCGGGGUCCUGAACGCCAUGAACACCCUGCUCUCGGACACCAACGCGCCCUUCAUCUUCAUCCUGGUGGUGGACCCCAGCGUGAUCGUGCCGUGCUUGGAGCAGACGUCCUGCAUGAAGGGCAUCGCGGACAACGGGUACCUCUUCCUGAACCGCACGGUGACCUUGCCAUUCUCCAUCCCGGUCAUGGGCAUCAAGUCCAAGCUGCAGUGCCUCCACAACGUCGUGCAGACGCGGGAAGACCUGAUGUACCAAAUCAUCACGCGCAACGUGGAAAGGGAAGUCAAGAAGGUGAGGUGGAGGGUGGAGCUGGCGGAGAGCGCCGAGCCCGCUGGCGAAAUGGACCAGAGCCAGCUCGACGCGCAGGCGGUGAGGUACAUCCACGAAGCCUUCCACUGCGUGCACGACGACUCGGACUGCCUCCAUCGCUACGUGCCCGACAGCAUCACCCAGAUGCGGCGGAUCGUCAACACCGUUCCCAUCACGCUGCGGCUCAUGAUGCACCGCAGCAUCACCCGGCACACCAUCGCGCCCAGGUCCGUCGCCGCCUGGGUGGUGCUGGCCAACCAGUGGCCGUGCCGCUUGAGCUGGGUGUUGCAGUGCAUCGAGGACAAGGAGCAGCUCCAGCCCACAGAGGACUUCAGGCGCCAGUCCCUGUGGAGCGUCUUCACAGAGCACUGCGCCGAGCUGUACGCCAUGCACAAGGACAUCAAGAACAUCCUGGACCUGGACGCCGACCCCGAGCUUUUCCAGAAGUUCCUCUCCAGCGAUUUCCCUUUCACCGUGCAGGAGGCCGACACCUUCCUGAGGAACACUGUCAACCUGGACCACUCCAUCAAGCACAAGCUGGCGCUCAUCCGCGCGCUGAACACCCUGAACGUGGCCGUCAAGGAGCCAGGCUUAGCUCGAGCCAGCUCCGUGUCCAGGGGCGUGCAGUGCUCUGCCGCCCACCUGCAGCAGGCGCGGGAGUCCACGCAGUCCCUGGACGCGACCCAGCAGCCUUAGGGCCUGGGCAGAACUCGCCUGUCCCGGGGACGCCCCCGGCUGCUGCCGGCUGCCCGCGCCUCCGCGGCGCCCAGCGCC